AUAGUUUGUUGUUGUUUGUGUUUGUAGGGUUAAUAGGUUGACGCAGUGCGAAGGCGUUAGUAAUCUAAUGACGCAUUACUUCGAUUGAGUAACCAACAGAACCACUAUUCUUAAUGAGCCAAAUUAAUUAAAAGGCAUAAUAACGUAUAUCAAUUGUCUGUUUUGCAUUUAUUCUUUCCUAUUUUAAAUACUCUUAAAACCGAAAUUUACAAGGGUGAAGCAAUAAGCCGUUCGUGUUUCUAGACCAGAAAAAGCUCAUUUAAAAAUGGCAAACUUGGAAGAAAUUUCAGUCGGAUUGGAAAGAUUGAUGACAGAGUUCUUCCACAUUUCAACAGGCAACAAACGAAAACGAGAAAUAGAGGAACAAUUGAACAAAUUUGGAAACCAGAAUGGAUCGUGGAAACACUGUCUUGAAAUAUUCACCAAGACUGGAAAUGAAUACGUUAUGAUGUAUUGUUUGUCUGUACUUGAGAAUUUGGUGAAUAAAAUGUGGUUGGGCUGCGAUCCAAAUACAAAGGGGGAAAUCCGAAGAAGUUUAAAUCACAUUCUUCUUGUACAACACAAAAAAGUUCCAAUGUUUAUCACAAACAAACUCGUCAAAGUCAUCGUUGACAUCGGAAGAUCAGAUUGGCCGAUGUUUUAUCCCGACUUUUUCUCCGGACUCCUCCAGCUUGCAUCCUCUUCAGGAGGAAGCAACACUCGUGCUCUGGGACUUAUUGCUCUCAGGAUCGCAUCGGAGGAACUCGCAUCACCUCGGGAGGAUGUUUCUGGUCAAAGGAAGGAAGAAUUGAGGAAACUUCUCCUCCAGCAGGUCCCGGACAUGAUCGCCAUCAUCACAGAAUCCCUUCGUAUUGAAUGGGAAGCAAACUUCAGGCAAUUCUCUCACGUCAACAAAGCCACGCCUCCCCCUUCCCCAGGAUCCGGGGAAUCAAAUCUAUUUGAUUUGUUUGUAUUCCAAGGAGAUUCCCUUCCCCAUAUAACCACAGUAAACAUUCCACCACAUUCACUCAGUAUUAUGACACACGCACUAGAGUGCUUAUGCCAAUUGUUCAGCUGGAUUCCUCUUUCUACCAGCAUCACUCCAGAUUUACUGAGUGUUGUGUUUAGAUAUGCAAGACUUGGUACAAGUGAUUCCUUGCAAAACUCUUCCAGUGGAUUAACAUUAUCAGAGUUGGGUUGCAAAGCAAUGAUGUGUGUUAAUGAACUGAUGUCAAAGAACUGUGUUCCUCAUAACUUUGAAGAAUAUUUAGUUAGGAUUUUUCGUCAAACAUUUCACCUACUGCAGCAACUUACCCGGGGUGACAACCCAAGAGAAUCCCUCGAUAAAUUGGAUGACAAUUAUUUGGAGAAAUUUAUUGAAUUCCUUCGUCUGUUUGUAAGCCUACACUUCUCAAGGAUCGCCUCAAACCAAAGUUUUCCUCUCCUACAGUUUCUUACUCUUUUGUUUAAAUUCACGUUCCACCAGACUUCACACGAGCAUUACAUCAACUGCUUGGAUAUCUGGGAGAUAUUUGUGGAUUACGUAACGAAUACUGCAGAGAAAAGUAAAGAAGACAAAGAAUAUGUUUUGACAAGGUACAGGGAAGGUAUGGUGUUGUUUUCCACUUCUAUACUUCAACAUAUACAGUUUCGAUUCAAUGCAAACCAUUUAACUGAACUGGAUGAUGGAACUAUGGACGAUAAUGGCCACACAGAAUGGGAAAUGUACUUGAUUGAAAACAUUGAACUUAUUGCGAAAAUUGGAAAAUUAUUUCCUAAUGAAACAAUCUCUUUAUUGUACCCAAUAUUAGAGGAAACGGCAUCUUUGUACAUUGAAACCAACUGGUCCAUGGUUUCAACAUUAGAUGUGAAUCAACUACCAAGGUUACAAAGGUCUAUGAGGGACCUCGCUAUGUGCUUGCAAGCGUUUGGCCGAAUAUCUGAAUUGUUUCUCGCUGAGAAUUUCCAGGAACAUUUUCAAACCGCGUUAACAUUGAUACAGAAAUUUCUAACCAUUGCUUUAUUUGGUUGUAAGAAUCAUUUAUAUCAAUCAUCCAAUCUCCCUCCUGCUGUUGUGAAAGAUGCUACUGCGGUACAAGCAGAGGCGCUCGCUUGCUUACAACCCUACACACACUGGUUGUCCCAGUUAUACAGUGAAGCACAACAUGCUGGGCAUUCACAAGCUCAACUAUCCCAACUGCUCAGUAGUUACAUGGAUGUUAUUGUGCCGGUGUUAAGCAAACAGGUACCGGACAAAAUCAGUUUAUCAUCAGCACACACCUUGCUUUCGGUGGUUACCACAGUGAGAGCAACAUUCCUUUCACAAUCACCUGCGAUACAAAAACUUUACCAUGAUGUCGCGAAUGGCUUGUGCAAUAAACUUCCAAUGAAGACGCAAAGCCUGAUAUACAGAUCCCUGUCAAGCCUCCUGUUGUUUCCAUGGCCCAACACACCAGAAGCUGAACAAAGCUGGCACGAACGUAGUGAAAAUCAUAAAACUUUUAUUAAAUCCCUGCUUGGCGAAUAUAUGUCCCUCUCCAACAACUUAUCUGCUUUACAAACUGAUCAUAAUUUAUAUGAGAGAGCAAAACCAGUGAUACUCCGUGCAGUUUUAAUAUUGGAUGGUGUGGUUGAAGCUGUAGCAGAUGAAGCUUCAAAAUCUCGUCAACUUUGUCAUUCAUCCAUCGAACAAUGUAUCACCAUUUCACUGCAGUUGUUUCCUAUUUAUAUUUCGCAUCCAGACACAGUGGAAGUCCUGAUGUCACUUUUCCUUCGAAUAUUUUCUGCCUUACGUCGUCAGAUCGGGCCCGACUCGAUAGCGAGGACCCUUCAAUCGUUUCUCACUACUUUUACGCCUGAACGAUUACAGGAGACGAUCCUUCAUGAGAACGCAGCUGGUGUGCGGGUCGUGGAAAAAUUCAUAGAAAUUCUUGAACUGGUAAUCGAUGAGACGGGAAAUGCGUUCAAAACAUUCACACCAAGUAUUAUUGUGUUUGCUGUGCAACAAAUAUAUCCUAUAGUUAGCCAGCGCGAAUCCUCGGAUGUCAAGGGACCUCUCUUCCAUCUGCUGAGUCAUGUUUUAUCGCGUCGUCAUCGAUAUUUCUUCCCGAGUCCCGUGUUAGCAUCAAUGCUUCAAGAUGGAUCAGUGAAUUCAAGCAAAAGUGGAACUAUUGCCCAUAAACAGCAAUUUCUUGCCAUCAUGACGGCAUUUGGUCAAUCGUUCUUACAAUCUGAUAUCAACAUUUUUAAACAAGUGCUUGACACGUUGGAAGAUCUUAACUCCAAGCAGAAGUUAUACGAGAAGUUGUAUUUCAUGUUAUCUGAAGAAGGAGUUUUAUUCCAGUUUGUCAACGUGUUAAUACAAGCUUUACUUAACAAGACUCAUAACCUACUACAGGAAGAAAUAUGCACUGCAGUGUUCAACAUGUCCAGUGUUGACCUGGAUUAUUUUCAUUCCAACUUUCUGCAACAAUUCCUACAGCAUGCCGAGGGUGUGACUGCUGACCAAAAACAUUCUCUCUACAGUGCGUUUAAACCUGAAAGGGACGCGCCAUCAUUUACAAGUCGACUUCUUUUAUUUGUCAACGAUUUACGGUUUUUCAAACUUUCCAAUUCAAGUUUACCCGAAGGAACUGUUCAGUUUUAGUCUCUCUGUAAUGUUAAAUUAUUGCUAUCACUAUCUACCUAUUUAUUAUGUUGCUACAACUUAAAAAUUUUAGACAAAUUUUAAAAUUUACGGUAAACAAUAUGUUGCCUUUAUGUUUUUUCUUUUGCACUGUUGCAUGGAAAGUAAUGCAUUUUAACAUUUGCAUAAACUUUCAUUUUUUCACCAGUGCCUUGAUUAUUGUAUUCUUCUCAUUGCAAUCGCGCAUCUAUGUCAUAUUGAAGCGACAAGCUAAAACAUCAUGCAGUUAACGUGCAAGUACAUUGUUGAUGACCAGC